AUGGCGGUCACUUUCUCCGUUAUUUUCACGUCGGACCUUGAAAAACGACUNGAUAUUCUGUUCCACGGGGACACCUUUCAGGCCAAACCCAGAGAGGGAGUCACGAUAGCUGCUUUCAUCAACUUGAAGGACGUGGAAGGUAGCCGUUCUAUCUUUGAUACCAUUGGCAUCAGUCACCAGUGCGGUCAGUUCCAUUUUGAGGUCAACUAUGGUAACGUGCGUUGGUUCCACAGGAAUGAAACCCAGCACAUCAUUUUCAGCUGCACCGCUGAGGGAAAACCAGUCCAACCCAAUCAAUGGGCUCACUUGGCAGGAACCUAUGAUUCAGCCACUGGCCAUUCCAAGAUAUACAUCAACGGUGAGCUGCGUAACAUGACGAACGGUGGAGGACUGCUGUCGAGGGAUUGGAUGUCACGCGCUGGAAUCGGCGACCACAAGGCUGGCCGUCCCCUCAUGGGAUUCAUCGAUGAAUUCAGGAUCUACAACUAUGCUCUGAACAAGGUUGAGAUCGAGGCUUUGGCUAAAAUGUGUCUUCCAGAUGCGGCCGCCGGCCCCACUAGCGCACCCACCGCGACCCCACCUCCCGCCACUGCCACUACCAAGAAGCUUCCUUUUAGAGACCAGAAUAAGGACUCGGAAUUUGGCAACCGUGGAAAAGGUCCCAACAACAAAUUCAAGUUUCCUCAGGAAGAAUCGGUGGAGGAAGCAGUUCUGAAGAGAUCGUCCGUGAGAGGAUCAAGCAGCGUCAACGUGCUGUAAAAUAACAUUAAAAUACUAUUGUUUGACGUCACUUAUGCAAACAAGCUCGAUGCUAGAUAAAUUGUUGGUUAGAAAUGGAAUAUCUUUCUUUUUCAACUGUACGGUUAGUGGUAAACCAAACAACUUGUAAGAUAGGCCAGGUUGCUUUAUAGAUCCUUUGGCGAAUUAAUCUUUUUUUGAGGGGAUAUGAGAUAGGUUUAAGACAUGGAAAGUAACAUUUAAAAACGUUUUGCAAUUAUGACGCUUUUUGUGUCAUUUCACGUCAUCGCUAGUUAUACAUUUACUUGCUCAAAACAAGAUUGGUAGGUUAAUUAAGUGACGUCAACAAAUGUUGUGAAAUUUACGAGAGAGAUAGGACCAGCGUCUCAGCCACAAUGGGUACAAGAUGAAGAGCUCGAGAUUUAUGUAUGGAACUUUACUGGACAAUUCCACUCUUUAUCCGUCCACUAUGAAGGCAAUGUAAACAGCAAAUCAGUAGUUAUCAUGAUUAGAAAUUAAUGUACAGAUCUCGUGUAAAGUAAGUUGUGAUUUUAUAUUGUUAUUGAUUAUCUCUCUGGUUUGAUAUGAUACUAUUAAAUCUUUGAUAUUCCUGUCUUGAUGUAAGUACAAAGCUAGAAGCAGACGAGUGGAAACUAUGUUUUCAACUUGAAAAGAAAUGUUUGGAUAACAAACAAUUAGGGAAUAAACUGGGCAGUAUUAUGUUA